AUGUCCCUGUCGGAUGUCCCCAGGAAUCACUUUGAUCCUCUGAAUCAUUUCCCACCGAGACAGGAACCCAUCCCUGGUUUCUUUCCUCAAAUUCUUCCUCCGCCUGCUUUCCUUGGCCACCGGCUUUCCCAGAUUUCUUCCGCCUUUUACGCAGUUCAUAACCCGGCUGUCUUCAACAUGAAUGCAUUAUCGCCUGACGAAAUGGAGCGGUACCAGGAGCUCUCCAACAAGUUCGAACCGAACCUGCCGGGCCCGCUCGUCACUCAUAAACAGUCAACCACUGCCAUUGCUAUGGAGUACGCGAACGCUGAUCCGGCAUUCGCCACAAAGACCAGCACACUUGCUGUAACGCACCCACAAUCCCGUCUCAUGAAAGGAGAUGGAAAUUGUGGUUGGAGAGCGGUUGCUUUUGGCUACUUCGAGAAUCUGUUCAACUUCCGGGACCCUCUACAACUACAUCGCGAGUUGGUACGGAUUAAAUCGCUAAGUACGCUUCUCGAUCAGGUAGGCCAACAGGAACAUCUGUACGAAAUAUUUGUGGAUGCAACGGAGGAAGUCUUUGCCAAAAUUUCGAGCGCAAUUGAGCGCGGAGAGCGUGACGACUCAUUCCUGGUGGAUCUCUUUAACGAUGAAUACAAUUCAAAUGCAAUCAUCACUCAUUUUAGGCUUCUGACUAGUGCAUGGAUGAAACUAAACCCUCAUCGUUAUCAAGCUUUCUUAUCUAUGCCCCUAGACCAGUACUGCGCCACACAAAUAGAGACGGUCAAAACAGAGAUUGAUGAGGUUGGCCUCCAAGGGCUGGUCGACGGUGUUAUCGAAAGUUCUGGGUUCAUGGUCGAGAUUCUUUACCUCGACCGCAGCGAAGGCGAAGCUGUCACCUCACAUGUCCUGGCAAACACUAGACCUGGCCCUGGGGCAAUUCGCCUGCUUUACCGGCCGGGCCAUUAUGACCUUACCUACCUGGCAGAGCCAGCUAUGAAUAUGCAGCCUGUUGUCAAUUUCCAAUAUGCCCUGUCCUCCGACUACAACUCCUGGGAUGCCGGUGACCUUGGUUUUGAUGUGAAUUCUAGCUUAAUGGCUAUUCCGAACUUGAUGAUGGACCCAUCCUUUGCACUCACACCCCCAAUGGCCCAACCUUCGACUGACCCCUAUCGGGUUUCCCCCCCUCAUGAAGUUUACCAGCCACCACCUAUGCACGCCCCGUCACCAGUUCAUAUUGCGUCUCCCCCGCCGCCGCCGCCCAGGCUCUCUGCACCACCACCGCCCAUGAGCUCAUUACCUCCGCGAUGCUCAGAUGGUCCGCAAAUUCGGCUGAAUCCACUCGUAAUGAAGCCUAAUCUCAGCCAUUCUCUCCCGGUUACCGCUCCGUUUAAGAAUUCUCCAUACAACCAAGCCCACUUCCAAAACCAAGAUUUUGAACCGAUCCACUGGGAACCUCACGACUCACGGAAAUGACGGUAUAAUAAUCCUGGUUCUACUACUGCGCGCACGAAAUGACUACGGCUGCUUUACCGCCUCCCCUGUCGCCGCCGAUGACGUUGAUUUGUUAUUCCCCUUGAAACGUAUCCAAACGAUCUCGACUGGUUGUCAAGGAAUCUAUGAUGAAUGUUUAUUGCAUAGCAGCUUCCUGGCAACUUUACCACUGGCCUAGACCGAUAUCCAUUGUUCUGUUAGCUCGCCAGUUUCUUUCUUUCUUUCUUUUUUUAUUUCCCCUCUCUUUUUCUUUGUGUGAUUUACCUAUUUAUAUUUUUCUUUAGCGUGUGUUGUGCGUUGCAUUGGCGCGAGCGCGAUUCCUCUUUUUCUUGAGACUAUUUUAUGAUACAGAAUUC